AUGGUGUUCACCAUGCUUCUCUCAUUCCUCCUUGCUUGGGCAACUUCAGUCGCCGCCAUCACCGUGACCACUGCUUCGUCGUCUUAUACUAUCGACACCGAGAGCAGCUAUGGCUUUACCACAGUGAUCAGUCGAACCACUUGCGACAUCACCUCGCUCAAGUUCUACGGUACCGAUUAUCAGUACAGCAGCACUUAUAGUCAUAUCGCGUCUGGCCUGGGCUCCGCCACUGUUUCCUACACGACGAGUGGUGACUAUGUCAUCGUCAAGUGUGUGGCAGACAACGACAGCUUUGAUUUGACUCACUACAUGGUCUUUGCCGACGGCGAGAACAAUAUUUAUAUGGGAACCUACACCAACAGCGAGCCUACAGUUGGAGAACUACGCUUCAUCUUCCGUCUGACUGGUCUGACCGAGACCUACCCGACCUACUCGUACGGUGACGUCUCCGACACUGCUGGCGGCACUGCUAUCGAGGGUUCCGAUGUCUACACCGUCAGCAGCCAGACUCGCAGCAAGUUCUACUCUUCCGAGAGGUUCAUUGACAACAGCGUUUACUGUGCAACCGACUCUGGCGCCUCGGUCCACGCCUGCUGGGUCCGCCCCGACCAGAAGGCCACAGAGAAGAGCUCUGGCGGGCCGUUUUUCCGCGACAUCAACCUGAACUGGGGAGGAAGCUACCACUCUGUCACCUAUUAUAUGAACUCGGGCCACGUGCAGACCGAGAGCUACCGCCAAGGCUUCCAUGGACCAUACGUCUUUGCUUUUGCCAGAUCCGGUGUCCCGACUGCCAGCAGCUUUGAUGUCUCCUUCUUCGACAACCUAGGCUUGACUGGCUACGUCGCCGCAUCAGGACGCGGCUAUGUCAAGGGCACGGCCACGGGCGUCUCGAGCAGCUUCCCCAUUGUUGUUCACUGGUACAACUCCAACUACCAGGGCUGGAGCUACGCCAGCAGCUCAGGGGCUUUCACUUCGCCCGCCCUCGUCGCCGGCACGUACACGAUGAAGCUGUACCAGGACGAGUUCCUAGCCGCGACGCAGACCGUGACCGUCACGUCGGGUGGCACGACCACAUCCAAUAUUGCGGCGACCAACACUAUUAUCACGUCAUCGCACACGACCGUGUUCAAACUGGGCGACUACGACGGCCAGCCGACGGGCUUCCUCAACGCCGACAAGCAGCUGCGCAUGCACCCGUCGGACUCGCGCAUGUCGUCGUGGAGCCCAGGCAGCGUGGCCAGCACCGCGGCCUCGUCGUGGCCCAUGGCCAUGUUCAAGGACGUCAACAAUGGCCAGAAGAUCACCUUUUCGCUGUCGUCGGCCGUGAGCUCCACCGCCACCCUGCGCAUCGCCACCACGCUGUCCUUUGCUGGAGGUCGUCCCCAGGCCACCGUCAACAGCUACACGUGCACGGCGCCCGCGGCACCCACCACCAUCGACAGCCGUGGCGUCACUCGUGGUGCCUACCGUGGCUGGGGCGAUGUCUAUGACUGCUCCCUCCCCAGCGGUACCCUUGUCAGCGGCACCAAUACCGUCACCAUCAACGUCAUCAGCGGAAGCAGCGGCGACGACUACUUGAGCCCCAAUGUGAUCUUUGAUGCCAUUGAGCUCUUCUAUUAG